AUGAAUUUUAAUUUUAACAAUGGAAAUGUCUUUAUUUUUAUAUUAAUAACACUAUUUUCUUCCAUAAAUUGUGAGGAUCGACGAAGUUGGACAGACGAAGAUGGAGUUGAAGUUGAAAUUAUUAAGAAAAUACCCGAUUCGAAAUGCAAAAUUCGAAGCAAAGCGGGGGAUGAAUUGGAACAAUUUUUUAAAUUAACUGACAAAAGUGGGAAUGUUAUUGGAACUAAUUUUGGUCAGAAACCCUAUAAAUUCUCUCUUGGCCAAGGCCAGGCAAUGCGUGCUAUGGAUUCUGCAAUGACCGAUAUGUGUGUUGGUGAACAGCGUAGAGUAAUUAUACCAGAAGGUGCUUUUGGGGAUGAUGAACGUCCACAAGGGGCUCCUGAAGGACAAUCACUUCAUUACUUUGUUGAACUAAAAUCUAUUUUUCGACCCAUUCCUGGAGACAAAUGGAUUGAUGAUGAUGGGCUUAGUAUUGAGAUAACACACCAACCACCGGAAGAAGAAUGUAAAGGAAAACGUGCAGAAAAGGGUGAUUUUCUUAAACAACAUUAUACUGUAUUUUUAAAUGAUGGAACUUAUGUUGGCUCUUCACAUGAUAAUGGAGUUACUUUUGAUUUUAGAUUAGGCAUGGGGCAAGUUAUAGAAGGAAUGGAUAGGGCAAUGACUGGAAUGUGUGAAGGUGAACGAAGGCGUUUAGUAAUUCCGCCAGAGUUGGGUGAGGAAAAUUAUUAAUAAUUUAAAAUGUGAACAAAAAAGAGGAAAGGUUAUUUUAUUGAACAGAUAAAUUUAUGAAAACUAAUUUUCCUUGGGCAAAAAUAUAUUCUCUAAUAUACCAUGGAUUAGAGAUCGGUCUGGAUCUGGAUCCAGUCUGGAUUUUUCCUGGAUCCAGUUCAAGAAUCCUGUCCAGGUUACUAAUCUAAAUCCAGAUCCAAAAUUUUUGAAAAUACCGAUCUCUACCAAGGAUAUGCUGUCCCGAAACCGGGAAUUUAUCUUUUAUGUCUUUCAGGGGAGGUUCUCUACCAGGCUCACUGCCAGGGAUGGCUCUCUUCCGCUUACGCCUUUUUCACCUUUUUUGACCUUUCUGCUUCAGCAUUUCAUCUGCCCCCUUUUAUUUUGUGUCGCUUUCAUUCUCCUUUGGGUUUUCCUUUUUAAAAUCCGGCAGGUUCACCAAGCA